AUUUAAAUCAACUGCAAUAAAGAAGCUAAUCCAACUACUAAUCAACAUGUCUGCCCAGAACACCAAUAACAACACCACCAAGACCUACACUGAGUCAGCGUCCGAGACCAUCAACAACGCCAUGGCAAGUGCUCAGGGAAUGGCUCAAGCCGGCUAUGAGAAGGUUGCGAAUGCAGUCUCAGGUGAGAAACCAGCCGAGCAGAAAGCUGCAGACAAUGUAACCGAGGCACGAAACAACACUUCAGAUAAGGUUGAAGACACAAAGGUAGACGCCAAAAAUGCAAAGGAAGAUUUAAAAACCAAGGGCAAGAAGUUAGCCAACAAUAUCGAGGGUGAGUACAACAAGGCCACUAGCGGCAACAAAAAACCGGAGCAGAAGGCAGCGGACUACGUAGCGGACAAGAGAGAAGACAAGUAUACAGCGGAGGACCUCAAGACCGAUGCAAAGAACAUGAAGGAGGAAGCAAAAAAUUCCGCGUCGAAGACAGCCAACGAUGCUGAGGGCGAGUACAAGAAGGCCACAAACUAAAUUGUUGGUCGACUAUUCUACCCAUACGAAAAGAAGUAUAAGUACAAUAAAUAUCCAAUCUCUUUCAC